GCUCGGUGGGUGUCCGGACCAGGAAGUGUCUCCCGGUAACAGCUGCCGCAGGAGGAAGCGAGAAGGCUCUGGUUAUCUGUGUGCCCCGUCCAUGCAGGACCAUAACCACAACCCCGAACAUGGAGCACAUCAGGACUACCAAGGUACUGGGCUGCUUCAGGCAAUGGCUACUGAUAUGAGUGCAUGCCCCUAUCACCUGGCUAGUAUACACAGUGCCAUGGCUACCUAGCAUCCUGUAGUGAAGGUAAACAAGGAGUGCCUGUCCCUGGGCACACAUGGCUGGGGUAUGGGGGGGGGCCACACAUGGCUGGGGUAUGGGGCACAGCCUUGGCUGGGGAAUGGGGGCACACGCAUGGCUGGGGGCAGGAGAAUGGGGGCACACAUGGCUGGGAGAGUGGGGGGCACACAUGGCUACAGAGAUGGCAGGGGGGCACACACAUGGCUACAGGGGAAUGGGGAGCACACAUGGCUGGGAAUGGGGUGCGCAAGCAUGGCACAGGGAAUGGGGGGAGCAAGCAUGGCUGGGAAAUGGGGUGCACACAUGGCUGGGGUGGGGGCAAGCAUGGCUGGGGAAUGGGGGCAAACAUGGCUGGGGAAUGGGGGGGCCUGGCUGGUGAAUGGGGGCAAGCAUGGCUGGGGAAUGGGGGAGGGGGCACGCCUGGCUGGGGAAUGGGGGGCACGCAUGGCUGGGGAAUGGGGGGCACACACAGAGGUGGCAUGCUUGCUGGGAUUCCUAUUCAAUGAGACAGCCCUGCUCUCUGUCUGAUGGCAUCCUGUCCUCACUCAGCAUUUUAUUUAACAUCCUGCAUUAUCAGGAUUUUAGCAUUUCAGUGCCAGUGGGUGAGCUGGGCCAGGCAUUGCUUGGCACUGCGCACUCCCCCUUGGCACAGAUUGCCCCCCUUCUAGUCUGCACUCUGCAGGGAUGUUGUAUUAUCAGGGAUUUGGUGGUUUUUUUUUUGGUUUGUUUUUUAGCUUUAUAGCAAGCACGAAGUCCAUAAUUAUCAAGCUUUCACUAUAAGGAUGUGCGCAACAUCAUAUAGUAGGUUCAAAAGAUAUUCCUUGCUUAGAGCAUUCAUGUUAGUGGGUAAACCUGAACCAUGGGAAUUGGGAAGGGCUCUAACUUCUAUGAUUUGCAGCAAGAUAUAGCCUGGCAGAAAUUAAUGGGAAUUUAUGUAUGUAGGGUAUCUAAUGUGCAUUUGUUUAUUAGUCCAAUGCACUGAAGAUGCUCCAAACUGUAACCCACCUACGGUAAUUCCUUUUCAGAAGAUUCCUGCCAUAUUGUAUCACUUGGUUAAACAUGCUGUUAGCACCUAAAUGUUCCUUUUUUAAAUUUUUAAAUGUAAUUGUUUACAUUUUUGACGUGCAAUAAUACAUGUCAGAUUGUGUCAUAAUAUCUGAAUAUUAGUCGAUUAACAUAUAGGGUAUCCGACGUAGAGGUAAAAGAUCCAAGUAAGAAUAACAAUAUCUGUUUCAGUAACAUACAUCUGAUUCAACAUUUAAAUAAUAAUAAUAUAAAGACAAAGAGAACACAGCACUAGUGAAUUAAUAAAAAAGUAUAUAAAGCAUAGCAAAUGCACUGUUUGCAGAUUCGUAAUCGAUGUCUGACAAAUGUAUUAAAAAAUGACAACAAUGUUAAUCAUUAGCGUAGCUCAGUUACAUGGAGACAGUAUUGUGUACCAGCUGAGGAAGGUGAAAAUGGCAGGAUGCCUGUGGGACAGUUCCGAUCAGAAAUCCAAGUUCAACCUAUGCCCUCCAUGGGCCGGGCAGAAUCCCAUAUUACUACAUACAGGCAGGCGUACAUAGGCCCAUGUGCUAGUCGGAGUCUGGACAGAAAGAGACUUGCAUAUCGUGAAACCCAGACGUUGGCAUUAACCUCUGCUUUCUAGAAUAUAGGUAGCAGGUUAUUUAAGAAUGACACCACAUGCUGUCUCUAGCUACCAUAUGGUUAUGGCGGCAGGAGUGCCUUGGCACCCUUCUAGUGUAAAUAGUUGAAUGGUACGACAAUUUUCCUGUGGUCUGCCAGUCACCUCUUCCAGGAUCGGCAGAAGUUCUCUGUCAUCAUUGGAGGGCUUAGCCCAUUGGUUGAGAGUGCUCAGCUGACGCACUCAGCUUAGCUCAGGAAGUUCCUGGAAGUUGAUGGACCUCUUGUAAGUUGUAAAACUGUUUGCAAGUGGUAUGACUCUAGCACCAUAACCACUGCAGCACGCUGUAGUGAUAACAGUGCUUGAAGUGUUUCUUUUUUGUGUUAAUAGACAAAUACACUUUUUUUUUUUUUAAAGGUCUUAAUUCCUGGGGAAAAAAACAGUGAGUCACAUCUUUAUAGGUUUAGCAGAACUGUAUAGAAAAUUGUUGUGCAAUUGUGCAUGUUUUUAAUAUAAUGUGUUUCAUGUAAUCAACAGGGUACCAUGAAGAUAUUCUGUAACUAAAGUAUUAAGAUUAUUCUUAAAGCAGCACUCCAAGCACCAUAAUCACUACAAUUAGCUGUGGUUGUUAUGGAGCCCAAUGUGCCCUGGUGACCCCUAUUGUUAGUAGGCAGGAGCUUUUUUAGCUCUGCUGUACUAAGCCCUGCAAUGCCAUGUUUAGGUCAGACAUCUUCUGGCUCUCUUGGAGGUAGUGAAGGCAGUGGUGGAAGUAAAUCUGUUAAAGCGGCACUGUCACGCCGAACUUACCUUUCUCUUAUGUUUUAUCUACUCUUCCUCUCCGGAUCUGUUCUUUAUUUGUCCUCUAGUUUUCUUUAAAACAUAAGAUAAAGUAGGGACUACUUUGUCCUACAUAUUUUCCCUAUGCUUAACUUUCUUUGACCAAAGGAAAUGGAGGUGGCUUAAAGGCCCCCUUGGGUAAAAGUCAGGCGUAGGAAAAAUACAUAAGUCAAAAUAGUCCCUACUUUAUGUUUUAUGGUUUAAAGAAAAUUAGAUGAGAAAUAAAGAAAUGAAGAGCAGAUUCUUAGCGUGGAAGAGAAGAAGAAACCAUAGGAGAAAGGUAAGUUCGGCAUGACAGUGUCGUUUUAACUGUUUUGACUACUAACAAAGGGAGGGGGUGGUGCCUCUCUUUUCUUUGGCUAAUUCUUGGAUGCAAAUCGCAUACGCUAGGAUUGAGGGUGGCCUGUGGAUUUCAGUUCCUGCCCCAUUCUUACAUUAAAGUGGCAGCGAUAAGCUCUUUGCAUCAAAAUAAUGGCCCUCCAAUUUAGAAAAUAAAAUUCCACUAUUUUUACUCAUUGUUCCUUUGUGAAAUUACCAAUGAUGAAUCUCACAAGACUUAUGAAAUGUACCUGCUACAAAAAAAAAUUGAACUAUUAACAAAUAAGUUAUUUACCUGUCAAAUCCUACUCUGGAUGUUGGCCCACCCUGUACUUUUUCAAAUCCUUACAGUAUCUUAGUGUUCUGUGUGUAUACCAUAAAGACAGUUAUACAUUAUCCACUGAGUACUGUAAGCAAUCAUAUCUUUUAGGAGGAAAAAGUGGUUUAAUGUUUUACAGCAUCCCAUCAUUAGGACUUUGCUGCUUGGACCCGUAAACGGGACUUGCCUUGAAUUGAAACAUUUUAUUUGCAUAUGGUGUAAUUGGGUCGUGUAAAAAUGAUUUUUUUUUUAAAAUGUCGAAGUUUCUUUGCUUGUUCUCGUGAUUUAUUUAUUUAUUUUGCACACAUACUGUGUAGAUCAGCGAUGGCUGAUUUUAUCAAUGUGGAAGUGCGUUGCAUACAUUUUGCAUGAUUUACCCCUAGUCCUGCUGAUUACCAGAUGGUUUUAAAGAAAGUCUGCAGUGCUGGUGUUAGUCAUCGCUGAUACCAUCAGUUUGUAGGACAGUUGAAUAUCUAAAUUUAGUUCAUAAACAUCUACAAUGACAAUGUUGGCCAGCACUUAUUGAUAUAGACCAUUUAUUUCAGUUUAGUCUGUACUGUUGACUGCUUAAAGAGUUACUCCACCAUGACCUUCCACAUUUAUUACAUAUUAAAAAAAAAAAAAAAAAAGAAUAAUACACAAUUGCAGGAAUUGUCAACCUUUGGCAAUCCAGAUGUUGUGGACUACAUCUCCCAUAAUGCUUUGCCAGCAUUAUGGUCGUUAGAGCAUUGUGGCAUAUGUCCACAACAUCUGAUGUGUCUAAAGGUUGCCUGCUCCUGCCCAAAAGGUCCCGUCACCUCCAACGCUAAAAAAUUUUUUUAACCCCUUAAGGACCAAGCUUCUGGAAUAAAAGGGAAUCAUGACAUGUCCCACAUGUCAUGUGUCCUUAAGGGGUUAAAAUAAAGUUUACCUUCCCUGAAAUCCAGCUUCUCUGCACUCCCCCUCUUUCUUCACACCUGCUGUUUUGUGGUGCAAUCAAAUACUUCUCAUAAACAUUUGAUUGGCCAGUUUAACCGGUUUAGUGCGCAUGCUCUGAGCCAGCAGUGGGAGAGGGAGUGGGGAAAGUAAACGGGGGAAGACCAUAAAAAAAUUAAACGGAACGGAUAGGGAGGCAGGAGGGAGGAGAGACAGAAGCAUACAAAGGGAAGUGCACCCUGAGAACAGACAUUAUUUUUGCACAAAAUUGGCAAUCUAGAUUAGAGUUCCGGGCUACCAAAGCCACGUGUGCCGGGUGUGUAUCUAGCCCUCUGCACACAAGUGCAAUAAUCUCUAUAUGUGCAGCGUUUUCAAGCAGAAACGCUGCACAUACAGAUUCCUUCCUCCAUUCUAAAAGCAGAAGUGGUCAUGGACGAUAGAGUAACUCUUUAAGUGACUUUUGUUUGUAACAUUCUAUAUAUUCCCAGUUGGAAUUUAACAGUUUGUCAGUGUCUGGAUUUGCUUUUUUUUAAUUUAUUUUUUUACUUUCUUUAUGAUUUGUUCUUCAGUCCAAUGCAAUUAUCUGUUUGCUUUUUUUUUGUUGUUGUUGUUUUGCUGAUAUUGAUGUAAUUUCUUUGUUUCCUUAAUAAAGGUGGAACAGGUGAAAUUACUGGAUCGGUUCAGUCCUAGCAACAAGUCAACCUCUGGAACUCUGUAUCUCACUGCGACCCACUUACUGUUUAUAGACUCUGUACAGAGAGAGAUCUGGGUAUGUACCUAUGUUAAAGAAAUGGCUGUACUGUGUGGACAGUGAAUAUGUGUAAUUGUAGGAUGCAAAUAACUGAUGGUCAUUAUCAGAGCAUAUGCUUUUAUGUUAUUGGUAAACAAUUUUUACCCCAUCUGUUGUACUUGUGAGAGGGUGAGAAGCUUUUGCAAGUCUCCUGAGUUUAAUGUAGUCGGUGAAACUUACCAUAUAGUAAAAACAUUUAGUGUAGCAGUCACCUUUGGUCAGUUCAUUUUGAGUUUUUCAUUCGAGUGUCCUAAAACGUUUUGGAAAAUAAUAAAAAAAAUUUUAAAGAAAAGAAUAAUAGUUAUCUGUCAGAGAGGUACGGUUGGGUCGGAUACUGCAAACUUGCACUCUAUAAUGAAAAGGCUGACCUGAACCAUACCUGGCUGUAAGCUUUUAUGUUUCUACAGAAACGGCCUUGUCUAGGUUUUUGUUCAUCAAUUAAAGGAAAUGAUAUUACUAAUGUUUUCUGUUACUAAUAUGUUUGAAAUGGGGAAGAGAAACACUGGAAUUAUAGUAAUGCACAUCUGCCUGGUCUUUGGAUCAUUAGUCUUUGGGUGUUUCUCUAAAAGUUGAAUUGUAACAACAUUAGAAUCUUAUUUGAACUCUUCAUUUAUUUGUUAGAUGAUGUGCCUAGGAAUGUAUUUGGAAAACAUUUCUACAUAGCCACUGGUAUUACCAAAGGGUAUUUACUGGGUCACAUUCUGGGCACUUGAUCAUUUUGUGUGAUCACAACAGUGUGUCUGUUAUAUGGGGACUGUGAAUGGGGUAGGAGUGAUCGUGAAAUAUAGUGCUUUACUCUGAUUAGAAUGUAGUUAAUGGAAACAUUUAAACUUUAUAGCUGAAAUGUAUGAUUGUUUGCUAUUAGAUUUUACACCAUCACAUUGCUGCUGUUGAGAAGCUUGCCUUGACUACUACUGGCUGCCCUCUAGUGAUACAAUGCAAGAAUUUCAGGGUGGUGCACUUUAUAGUCCCCAGAGAACGUGACUGUCAUGACAUCUACAACUCACUCGUACAGCUCUCAAAGCCAGGUAGGUAAAUCAUUAAGUGUCGCAGUGUACAUGUUAUGUGGCUAACAAUAGCAGCUUAUACAGCUCUCAGUCUGCCUUGGAUAAUAGCAGAGGAUAGAAAGUUGGUUUCUGUUAUUAUACAUUAUGAAAAUCUCUUUCAUAUACAUUUAAAUAAGUAUUGCAAUUGUUUACUGUUAAAGCUUUCUGCCGCUUCCUUCAAGAUUGCUGCCUCGGUAGGUGUGAAUAAAUAUGUUGCAGGCUGUUUGCAAUCUGUCUAAUGUAAUCAUAAACAUUAUAUAUAUAUAUAUAUAUAUAUAUAUAUAUAUAUAUAUAUAUAUAUAUAUAUAUAUAUAUAUAUAUAUUAUGCAGGUGCACUUAUUUCAUAUAUCAUAAAGACUGUCUUGCCUUAGAGGAACACUAAAAAAUAAAUUAAAAAAAGAAUAUAUAUUAGAGGUGCUCCUUAAUUUUGGAAUAUUGAGCCUGCCUUGGUAUGUGUUUUUUUUUUUUUUCUUCUCUAUUCCACAAAACCUAUAACAAUAAGAGUAUAUCAUUGAGCUAAAUUACACGUAAUACAGCAUAUUAUCGAUAGAAAGGCAUAAUACUGAUCCUCCUCUUUCGCUGUCCCUGCAAGUUAAUGGUACUCCCAUCAGCCCGUCCUUGCAAGCUCGUGGUGUUAUCUUUAAUUCCCGCCUCACCUUUGUGUCUUGUGUCCAUUUCACCUUAAAAACAUUGCUCACAUCUGCUCCUUUCUUAUGAAAAAUGCUGCCAAGGAGCUUGUUCAUGCUCUGGUAAUCUCUCGCAUGGAUUAUUGUAAUUCUCCCCAGAAGCCGUAGUGCCUCACAACAGUCAGUAAUAAUUGCGGCUGCCAGGCUGAUUUUUUUUAAUUUUAUUUAUUUAUUUUUAUUUUAUUUUAUUUUUUUACUCCUAUCACCCCUUUGUCGAUCCUUACACUGGCUUCCUGUAUCCUAUAGGAGGCUAUUCAAAAUGCUAACCCUUACUUCUAAAGCUUUAAUCGACUCUAGCCAGAGUAAUGUCUAUUUCACAAACCUGUCUCUUGCUGCCUCCUAAAGAGCUACACUCCACUCUUACCUACAGUUCUGCUACUUUCCCACCUUGUUAUUUAGUUGCCCCUCCAUGUCCUCUUUAUUGUGUUUUAUACCCCACCUCCUCUAGACUGUAAGCUCGUUUGAGCAGGGUCCUCCUCAACCUAUUGUGCCUGUAACAUUUUUUGAUUUUUAUAGUAUUGUAAAGCGUUGCGGAAUAAGUUGGUGCUAUAUAAAUGCCAAAUUAGUAAUACUAAUAAUUAAUUAUAAGGAAACAAGGGCUUUUAGUUGUUAAAAAAAAAAAAAAAAGUAGGGCAAGCCGUGGAGGUCUAACUGAGUAAAGCUGAAUACCCUGAGGCAGUAGAAUAAAAAUAAUGGUAAUUAUACUAAAUCCAAAGCAAGUCCAUGACAAUUAAACAAAGGGCAUUUCAGUGAAAGUAAAGAAUGCCCGCAGUGAGGGUUUAUUAUGCAGGGGCACAUAAGUACUACUCUGUGUAAUGAGCAGAAUAGAAGCAAACAAGCUACUUAGAUAUCUAAAAUGGCUGGGUUACCAGACCGCGAACACCAAUGCCCUUCUAUAGAGAAUUCUGUGGUUUCAGGUCACAUUUUCUAAAAAUAAAAAAGACACACUAACUGGUUUGCACUAAAAUUUCACCAUCAUUUGUCAGCUCAUUACUAGUAAACACAUAUUAUAUAUGGGAGCUAUGCUUACUUUAUUCUACUGGCUUUUUUAUUUUUUCACUUAAAAAAAAAAAAAAGAAAUACAAUAAUUUACUGUCGUAUGCUUCAUGAACAUUGAAAAUGCAUGUAAAGUAAUGGAACAAUCAAGAUGUUUGUACUUGUGAUAAUGACUUCCUUCCUCUCUUCUUGUAAGUGAGCUAUGAUGAUCUCUACGCAUUUUCUUAUAACCCAAAACAAAAGGAGUCUGAAAGAGUCCUUGGCUGGCACCUUAUAGAUUUGAAAGAGGAAUACCAACGUAUGGAUGUGCCAAACAUUUACUGGCAUUGGUCGGAUGUUAAUCGGGACUAUAAGGUAAUUCCUUAUGACUAGAGAAUAAUAUUUAAAAAUAAAAAAAGUUUUGCAUAUUCCCUGGAAACCUUAGAAAUAGGCAGACACAAAGCUUAGAGAUACCCUGCAAAUCAAUAUUCACACUGUUACCAUCUUGUAAAUAACAGCAAGCACACGUGCAAUAAUUAAUUUAAAGAUAUAAUCCAAGCCCCAUAACAACUACAUCACUGUAGGGCUUAGCUCAAGAGCCAAUGGAACUUUCUGCUUAGGAACUUUUGGCUCUCUAAUGUUAGUAGUGGAGGCAGGGAGCAGCACCCUGCAGACCCCAUGUAUAGAGUAAGACCAUUCAGAAAGGGUUUGACUACUUACAGUGUGGGAGCACCAUAAUCACAACAGUGAACUGUAGUGGUUAUGGUGCUCAGUGUUUCUUUAAGGGAAACUGCAGUAUUGUCCCUUUUUAAAGGGACACUAUAGUCACCUGAACAACUUUAGCUUAAUGAAGCAGUUUUGGUGUAUAGAACAUGUCCCUGCAGCCUCACUGCUCAAUGCACUGCCAUUUAAGAGUUAAAUCCAUUUUUUUAUGAACCCUAGUCACACCUCCCUGCAUGUGACUUGCACAGCCUUCCAUAAACAUUUCCUGUAAAGAGAGCCCUAUUUAGGCUUUCUUUAUUACAAGUUCUGUUUAAUUUAGAUUUUCUUAUCCCCUGCUAUGUUAAUAGCUUGCUAGACCCUGCAAGAGCCUCCUGUAUGUGAUUUAAAGUUCAAUUUAGAGAUUGUGAUACAAUUAUUUAAGGUAAAUUACAUCUGUUUGAAAGUGAAACCAGUUUUUUUUUUUUUCAUGCAGGCUCUGUCAAUCAUAGCCAGGGGAGGUGUGGCUAGGGCUGCAUAAACAGAAACAAAGUGAUUUAACUCCUAAAUGACUGUGAAUUGAGCAGUGCAAUUGCAGGGGAAUGAUCUAUACACUAAAACUGCUUUAUUUAGCUAAAGUAAUUUAGGUGACUAUAGUGUUCCUUUAAUAUAUCAAUAUCUCUUGUAGUUUUCCUCUCUGUUUUCUCAGUUUGCCACAUAUUAUGGAAAACCCAUAUUAUUAUAUUAUUAUUGCACUGGAGUGCUGCUGACUCAAACUUACAUUUUUUUACUCCACUGGCAGGUCAAUGGUAGUGCUAUUCAUAGAUUAUAAAAUAUCACAAUUUAUACACUGCACAUACAGACUCCAGACACCAUGACCAUUUCAGAUCACUGAAGUGGUCAUGGUUCUUCAAGCAGCCCUUCCAUGUCGUGGUUCUGGUGCAAAGAGACAGCCCCUACGGUCUAAGCAGUGCAAACGAUGUCUUUUCAGUUUACAUUUCUAGCUAUAGACACCUCUAGUAGCUGUCACUCGGCCACUAGAGGCCCUUCCUGGUGUUGCCAUGCAAUCUUUGCAUGACCGACAUUUGGCAUUUUCAUGCUCCGUAUAAAGACACAAAAUGUUCACCCAAAAAUGCAUUGAGCAACUGCAUCUCUGUGAGGACAUGCUGAUUGGCACAGUGUUAGUUACUGCGCACGUGCACCUGCCACCCAAUGCUUCCCUUUUUCCAUAUUAUCUGUAAUGAUGAUGAUCUCAGCCAGGGGUGCAGUAGUGGCUGCGGCAAGACCAGCACGGCACACCUCAAUAGCUAAAUACUCUGUUACGGCUAUGUUUUAUUCCUAACAUUAGAGUGUUUCUUUAAGUAUUGAAUUUUGAAAACGUAUUGUGUAGUUUUCACUUUUUUAAAUUCUUUUGGAUGUUUUGAUUUUAUACUUUCAAAUAAUAUAAAAUAUUUGUAGUAAACAUGGUCUCCCUGUGGGCACAGAGGGCAUUUCAUACUAUCCUAUCCAUCUCCCUGCUCGUAGAAGAGACCAGCUCAUUUCACAUGUUAAGCACCCUUUUCAAGUUUGGUUUUAUGUCCAAUUUGGUAAAUUGAGGUGCAGUUCUGUAAUGCUGUCUGUGCCCUGAAAAUGUUACAUCUUUAGUUGUAACUAUAGUUAUGCAUAAAAUAACUUGGGGGGGGGGGAGGGGGGAGAGAAACAUAAAUUACUUUUUUCAAAUUUAAUUUUUAUAGUUAGUGAGCCAUUUUAAAUGUUAUGACUUAGUCAUGUGUUAUGUCAUAUUAGGAGCUUGUGUGUCGCAAAGUUGUUUGACAUUGUAUUAAAUUCUUUAUAGGUGUGUGACACGUAUCCAAAGGACCUUUAUGUCCCUGUAAUGACAAGCAAACCAAUUAUUGUGGGAAGCUCAAAGUUUAGAAGCAAGGGAAGGUUCCCAGUGCUAUCAUAUUAUCACCAGAAGAAUCAGGUAUGUAUAAAAUAAACACACGAUGCAGGAAUGCAUUAUUUGGAAUAUUGAACUAUAUUGUAUGGUGGAGUAGUGUUGAAUUAAUGUUUAAAGAGAAAAUUACUGAUCUUGUUAUGCUAAUUUUAGUGUGUAUAUUUACUUUUGGAAGUCUGUGUAAACUUUGAAAACCAGUACAACCAUUUCUUUAGCUCUGAAUUGUCUGUGAACCAUGUUUGUUUAAAAUGUUCAAACAAAUGUUAUUACAUUUAGUAUAGAGUGUUUCAGCUUGAUUUGCAGGCAUUUGUUCUUAAAUUGCUGAUGGUAGAUUGUACAUUUUGUAAGCUAAAAUAAAGUAAGCGAAAGUUAUUAAAACAACUUUAAAGGGACACUUCCAUUUAAAAAAAAAAAUUUUUUACUGACUGUUUGCUACAACAUUGCGGGUAUAGUGCAUUAGUAAGGAUGUUUAAACAAACAUUUAAAAAGCUAGUGGCCUAAUGAGUAUACUUUUCUGCAUAUCCACAAGGUUUAUGGUUUUUGCAGGGACCAGUAAUUUAUGAGAUUUCAGCACAUUAUGCUGCAGCAGUUUAUGGGUUGCAAACAAAAGCCAUGGGAUGCUGUACUACAAAAAAUUAAAAACAGAUUGGGCUUGCAUUCUCUUGUGCGUUGGAAAGCAUUCAGUCAGGGACAACUGGUCAAUCAUGCAGAUGAAGUGAUGGUGGUGUGAAAAUACAUGUGCACUUAAAAUAAAGUAGAAUGAUAUUUACAUGUUGGCUAUUUAGUGAAUAAGCCAUGUAACAAGCAAUAUCAAUGUUUCAACCGCAAAACAGGCACUAAAAAGUUAACUACCAAUUUACAAAAUUUCAGAUUCAUAUUUAAGAAAAUUUGGUGAACAUGGUACAAGACAGGAUUAGGACGCUGGGUUUUUCACUAAAAUGCCCUUUGAGUUAUACUGUUGCACAAUGCAGUACACAUGAAAUCACAGCUUUGACGUUAAACUAUUGUCUGUUUUUUUUGUUUUUUGUUUUUGUUUUAAUUCUAAAUGUUUUUUAGUCAACUGAAUUACCAAAAAAAACUCUCAUUCCAUUUUUUUUUGUCUUAUUAGGCAGCAAUUUGUAGGUGUAGCCAGCCUUUGUCUGGCUUUAGUGCAAGGUGUCUGGAGGAUGAGCACAUGUUACAGGCUAUCAGCAAAGCCAAUCCCACAUGCAGGAGUAUGUACGUCAUGGACACAAGACCAAAGGUAGGUAACCAAUUCACUGUUGUUUUAUUUUACAAUGCUAGUGUAUAUCAUAAAUUAGACUAAGCUCCCAGGGCACAUCGACUGGACAAAUAUAGUUUGUGGUUAUCAUGGCUUGUGCACAGUUACUUCAGUAAAUGACAGAGCUACUAAUUAACACCUUUAAAGCAGAUACUCCAAAUAUUUCUAGUCUGUUAGUAGUUAGUGCAGAAUCUUUUGAAGCAGACUUCUACAGAAAAUAGAAUGCUGUAAGAUCUUUCUGUAGAUGCAUGCAGUCUUCUCUUUAAUCAUCAGCCUGUGUCAAAAAGAGCUACAGAUUCAAACCAAUGAAAGAAGAUUUAGGGGAAGCAAGAAUGCUGCUCGGGUGUGUUCUUCCAUAACGUCCUGUUAGCUGAUUCGUAUGUGCCUGCUUCUCUGUUUUUGAGGAGGGCAUGUGCUCAUUUCAUUGCUUUGUGGCACUGAAUUAUUAGUUGUUGUUUUUUUCUUUUUUUUUUUUUACUGUGAUUGUCAUUGCCUUAACUGCACAAAUUGGUCUUUUCACCAUUUUUUAAAACUCUAUAUAGUUUUGCAUGAGGUCAUCCAGCGUGUUUACAAGUCCCAUGGGAAAGCAUUGAAUCAAUGCGUUGCUAUGGGAAAGGCCUAAUGCGCCUACUGCGCAUGCGCUUUAAGUUCUCCCAUCGGAUGAUGUCAGAGGAGAAGGAGACUUUGAUGGUGGAAUCAGCUAAGUGUAUGAAGUGUUUUUUUUUUUUUUUUUAAACCCUUUACUUGGAAAGGGGGGAACUCGAGGGCAGAGGGACACUAGUGUUAGGAAUACAGCUUUGUAGACUGCGACUUCUUUUCUAGAUAAUGUAUUACAGGACCAGGUGUAUCGGCUUGUGAUUUAGUGUAGACAAAUGUAGAAUACAUUUAAAGCAUUUUCAGAUUCUAAUGCAUUUAAUCUCGAAUUAUUUUUGCAGCUCAAUGCUAUGGCUAAUAGAGCAGCUGGGAAGGGAUAUGAAAACAUCGACAACUACUCGAAUAUUAAAUUUCAAUUUGUUGGAAUUGAAAAUAUUCAUGUUAUGAGAUCCAGUCUGCAAAAACUCUUAGAAGGUAAUGCUUUUGGUUUUUCAGAUAUUGGAUUAAUUUACUAUAAUUAAAUUUAUCCCACUAGCCAAAAUCCUGAUUUAUUACAAAUUAUGAAGUUAAUUUAUCAAGAUGUCCCAGAUCAAAAAAAACUGUUUAUGAUUGAUUUAUUUUUAUUUAUUAGGUGAUUUAUAGGUGUAGCCAACACAUUAUAAACAUUACCCAGUGUUUUUUAAGACGGCUGUACUAUAAUGUGCCUAAACAUUUUUUGCUUCCGUUUUUUUUUUUUUUUUUUUUCACAAGGGCCUUUAAUCGCAAUCAUCUUCUAGGUCUGGUGCCAUUAAAUCGGUUAUUCCUAUAAUUUAUAUUUACUUAAUGGUAAUAGAAAGAGAGCAGGCGAGAAUGUGUGUGCAUGUGUACUAUCGCCUAAAUGCCACUAGAGGUCAAAAGAUUCCAUCUUUUCACUAGUUUGUUCAGUCCAUUGUAUAUAGUGUAACAUACUGAGUGUCAUGGACCCAGGCUUGAAGGGUAGGGUUCUUGCUUGGGUGGGAAUUUUACGACGGGUAUUUGUUUCAUGUUUGAAUUAUAUGGACAAAAUGGAGCCGAGUGUCUGUUUGUUUUGGUGGGACUGAGGGUUAUUUGCAGCAAGAAAAUCAAGGAGUUAUGGGAAGAGGACUUGAUGAAGAACUGUAUGUACUGUCAAUUACCCUACUGUAUGCAAAUUACCCUCUGUGGGUAUAUAUACCUCUGCUCACCUGCAGUAAAGCCUGUUCUGGUUAACCGCUACAUGUCGUCUCGACACAUGAUGUGGGGUAAAGGCUAUAAUUGCACGCUAGAUUUGACCUUGGAUACUGCUCAGAGUACUUUGAGAUGGGCAUCUGAGUGCUGUUAUAGCAUCGAAUACUUCAGAAUACAGGAUGGUCCGAAAUAGCCCAGGAAGCCAAGGUGUAAUGGGGUUACUCUGCCAGAGUUCCCGCAGGCUGUUACACUGAAUUUGAUGAUAAAAAUCACAGAUAUAUAUUUCUGUGAACUCUUUGAAGGCAUGUGAGGGUCCGGUUGAAGAGGUGAGCUUUGAGGGAGUUAUAGGAUGCAGUUUUAUUUUAAUCAAAAUCAAUAAAAGGUGGUAGAGUACUUCAUUUACUAGUGAAAGAAAAGAUUUUCUAGAAAAACCACAAAUAGUUAUGUAGAUAUAUGGACACAUGACUGUAAGAGAUACAAAAAUAGACCAAGAAUUAACCCUUAAUAAUAAUGUCAAUAGAAAGGUAGAUUGUACAUAAAAAGACUAAGAAGCCCUUAAAUAGUAUCUUACUAAUGCCACAGUAAAGUAAAUCUAUGUAAAGAUAUAAAAUGUUUCCCAAUUCUGAAUUAUUUCACUAUCCAUGCCACAAGAAACAUUAUCAUACAAAGUAGUAUAUAGGUGGAAAAAAAGCUGAAUAUUGAUACUUAGAGGAAAUACAUAAACAGCUGUUAAUGAAAAUGAAUGUGCAAACCUAGGUUUAUAGCCUAUAUAUUGUACAUCUCCUUAAAUGAACACUAUAAGGUCAGGAACACAAACAUGUAAAAACACCAUCUGCCCCCUCACCCCCUUGUCCACCUAAAUAUAGUAAAAUCUGCUUCAUGGGCAGACAUCAGAAGUGAUGAUCUCAGCCAAUCACAAAGCAUUGGAUUGGCUGAGAUUGUCAAUUCUGCUGAUCUCAGAGAGGGAGGCGGGCUGGAGUUAGAGCCGAAUGCCAUCCUGGCCAAUCAGAAUUUCAUCGUAGAGCUGCAUUGAAGCAAUGCAUCUCUAUGAGGAAGGUUCAGUGUCUCCAUGCAGGUAGUGGAGACACUGAAUGUCAGUGCUGCACAGUGUGCAGCACAGCCCCAGGAAGGACCUCUAGUGGCCGUCUGAGGAGUUGCCGCUGGAGGUGUCCCUAGCCUUUAAUGUAAACACUGCCUUUUCUCUGGAAAGACAGUGUUUACAGCAAAAAGCCUGCAGGGAUUGACUAGACUCACCAGAACAACUACAUUAAGCUGCAGUUGUUCUGGUCACCAUAAUGUCCCUUUAAAGAUAUAGUGUCUAAAGAGUUUAGCCACUAUAGUCCAACUUAAGACCUUGAGGAAUCUCUAGGUUAAAACAAAAAGGUUAUUAGCAAGAGUUUGGGGAAUUGAGGCAGGCAUUUGUGUUAAUAGGAAUUGUUGUUACAUCCAGCUAUAUUCUUCCAAUCUGCAGUGGGCUUUUUGUAGUGAGUAUUAUUCCUAUUGUAUCUACUGAUUUCUAUUAACAAGGGUUUAAACCCAAAAUACAUUCUAGUGGUAUCCACCUGACAUCUAGGUACUUGGGCCUUUUUUGCUUUGGCACAUUAAUUUGCCUAUUUAGUCAAAAUUUCAUAAGAGCAGGCAUUAGCUUUCUAGAGUAGGACUAGCCAAGAAUGGGGUACAUUAACGCUGUGGCAGGCAAGAUAUGAUCAUAUACUGUAACUUAAACCCCCGUUAUUUUUUGCAUAGAUAAGAUGUUUUUAAAUAAAUCUAUUACAAUCUGUGAGACUUGAAUGCGCCGUGUAAGGAAUCAGCGAGGGCGCUGGAUCUUGUGUGUUGUAACAUAAAAUAUAAUGAUGCCUCUACACGAUGCAUCACUGGCCUAAAUAAACCUACAUUUUCUAUGUCUUUUAAUUGCAGUCUGUGGGACAAAAGGCUUGUCGGUUAACGACUUUUACAGUGGUCUCGAAAAUUCUGGAUGGCUGCGCCACAUCAAAGCUGUACUGGAUGCCUCUGUCUGCUUAGCUAAGGUAAUACGUGACAUGUUUUUCAUACAUACAUGUACCCAGUUUGCUGUGUGUCCCCUUUCCAGCAAUUUAAUUAAAAGGACAUUCCAGGCACCAAAAGCACUUUAGCUUGCUGAAAUGUUUUUGGUGUGAUGUUCCUGUCCCUUCAGGCUUUUAUAAAAAUGUAAAAGUGCCACAGUUAAGCUACUAUCAACGAGCUUUGCAAGAGAAGGCUGUUUGACUUAUGCUAUUUGUAAUGUGUGGAAAAAAAGUGCUGUCUUUUUGCAGGUUGAAAAUGGUUGUGACAGCUGGAAUGAACGUACGUUAGGAGCUUUCUAGAGAGUUAGUUAAGAGGAAUGCAAAAAGGUGAACAGCACCUUGAAUCCACCAAUUAUAAGAUCACAAUGAUUGGUAUUGUAGCUACAUUGCAGAAUUAAUCAAUGCAAUAUGAUGUACAGGCUGCUGAUCUUACAGAAAUUAUUUUCUAGUAGAAAUGCAUAUUCUUCUUAAUUCCUGUAACACAUUAUUUGUUGUAAGAGCCAUUUUGUAAUUGGAAAACUAAACCAGAUUUGUUUCUGUGUAGUGUGCCUGUUCCAGAGAUAAUGUGUGGAUUAUAGUUCGUCCAUAUGAAAGCAAAAUGAGAGAUGGGGAUCUAACCCUAAAUAAAAGUAAUCUCUUGGAAGAUUAUCUACUUACUGGGUACCCGGUAAUUCUUCUCUGUAGGACAGUCUGCCUCUGCAUUUCCCCAAAUUAUGUAUUUUCACUUUCUCAGCCUUCCCACACACAUCCUAUGUUAUGUAUUGUUUUUUUUUUUUUCACGUGUAAUAGAUGCUUGUGUUAUACCUGGCAAUCUUUCAUCCCUUCUGGACAUGUUGCUUUUAACCUCUUUUAUUUUACCCAAACUGUUCCUUGAUUAUAAGCUUAUUUUCAGUUUGGCCCUCUAUUCAAAUUUGUCUUCACCGUAACUUGUUUGUAAUGAAUGCAUUGUUUUUAGAUCUCCAUUGCAAAGAGCUAUGAAAUAUGUUGGCUCUUCAAAAUUGACUUGUCCAUUUUUGCUCUAUUUUUGUUAAAUCAUGACACGGUGUAAUAUGUCAUGUGUUGUUGUUCAUCUGAGGUUGUGUUUACCUAAUUUUAAGACCUGCUAAGGAACAGAUUGUCAUUGUGUCCCGAUAUGUAAAACCAUAGAAUUCAGAGAGGGUGUACUUUUUCUUUUUCCCAUGACUUUAACACUAAAACUGUUUGUGUGUUAUCGCCGAUAAUUUUGUCUCACUUUGCUGAACAUUGUAUCAGGAUGCAUUCAUACGUGACCCAUUUCUACAAAGCAUGGUAUUGAUUGGCAGUGAAUUCCUGCCACAGCUCACAGUAAUUGUAUUUGUAGGUAGCUGUUAACCAGGAAAGAUAAAAUAUUGCACCUUCAACUGAAGAAUGCUUUUUACUCUCAAGAUAUAUAUAUUUUAAUAUUUAUUCUUCUCUCACUGACCAUUUAAAUCACACAAGCAUUUAUUCAUAAAUUACCUUUUACCUAGAAAUUGGUAAUUGGGCAGAAAACGAGUGCAAUAGAGUUUUUUACUAUUCAUUAAUGAUUAGCAGCUGACAGUAAAUUUAGACUAAAAUAGCAAAGUUUCGUGAACAAAACAAACAAUGGACUGGGUGUAGUGACUAAUCCCCCUUGAAUUUGUAGUAAAUCCCAUGUAAACAUUUAGUUACUAAUAUACAAAUUUAUUCUUGAGGCUUAACCUAAUUCUUAGAUUAUAUAUUUACAUCUCUGGGGGGAUCGUUCAUUGCAUCCCAUGUUGAUCUUGUUAGCUGUUGCUCUGUAUGAGACUGCAUGCACUGCCUGCCAGCUGUAAUAUCUGGAGAUUUUGCAGAAUCAUUUAGUAUGUCAGUCAGGUUUACUGUGGAGCUAAAGCAUGUGAUAGCAGCUUACCAGUGUCAAGAUGGAACUGUGUUCAUCCAUGCUUUGAAUGCAAAUUAGAGGAAAACUCAAAACAUCUUUCUCAUUCUAUUUGAUACAACUUAACAAUUUCGUAGAAACGGCUGAAAAAACUAUGGCCUGUUAGUAACCUCGUUCAUUAUUCUGCAUUGUUUGAAUCAGAAAUACAGCUAAUACAGAUAAAUGGGAACAAAAUGGGAUACUACAAAUCGCAAAUGAUCGAUUGGCAUUUAUUAAUCCUAAUUUAUUAGAAUUAAAUUACAAACGGAAUCAUUCAUUUCUUAUGUAAUAUAGUCCGUGAAGGUGACCUACUUAUAUUUGAAUGCUCAGUGAAAUACAAAUCUGGAUAAAUAAGUGUACGUCUGUCUCGCUAGAUCACAUUUUAAAGUAAUAACCAUCUUCCCUUAAACACAGAGUGGAGGAAGACACUCUAUUUUUUUUUUUAUUUUUUUUAUUCGGCUGUGGUUAAUUAGAAUCUCUGGGAUUCCUUCUCCGCUGGGACACGUUUUCGGCUUGCAGCUAUAUGUCUAAAACUUAUUUCACUGCUGUAGCCAACAUUUGAGCUUUGCUACUCAGCUGCAGAGUUGAAGUAGUUAAAUUUGUUUUAGCUAGAGAUGUCAAACGUGCAUAGCGAGGGACCUCGCUGAAUUCCCUUGUGGGCUCUUUUUCUUCUAUUAGGGAGUUUUAAAAUGAUUCAGUGAAUUGCAAAAAAAAUAAAUCAAAACAAAACAUUUUUCCUUUUAUGAUUGUCGUUCUGAUUUUGCCAAAAUCAUUUGUGGUUGAUUGUCUCAUAAGUUCACAUAUUGUCCUUUUUGUUUCUUCAUUAAAUAUUGUGCAAAUUGCAUUUAUAAAAAAGUACAUGUCUGUUCUAAGGUUUUUUUUUUGUUUUAUUUGGUUUUUAAUAUGGCCUCUUACUUAGUCUGUAUUCGUCCAUACAUAUUCACUGGGAUAUAAAUAAUCAAAUAUCAUUUACAAAAUGUAUCCAAACCUGUUUCCUGUGUCUCUGCUUGCAGGCUGUACAUGACGAAAAGGCCAGCGUGUUAGUACAUUGCUCCGAUGGCUGGGAUCGUACUUCUCAAGUAUGUUCGCUGGCAUCCAUGAUGCUGGACUCACAUUACAGGACAAUUAAAGGAUUCAUGGUGAGCUUUUUUGGUAUCUUUUUUGUUAGUCAGGAAGACUUAAGGUUUCUCCCAAUAAAAUAUGGUAACAUUAAUUCAAAUCCCCCCCGAGCUAAUGAGGGACAUUAAGUGGUGAAUAUUUUUAAUUAAGGAAAGCAAUGCAUACAAUUUUGUGGGGGAUUUAUCUGAAACAUUUGGGAUCUAUGACAAUUGUGACUUAUUACUUAAAUCAUUAAAGGGACACUAUAGUCACCAGAACAACUACAGCUUAUUGGAUUUGUUCUGGUGAGUAGAAUCAUUACCUUCAGGCUUUUAGCUGUAAACACCGUUUUGUCAGAGAAAAUGCAGUGUUUACAUUACAGCCUAGUGAUAACUUCACUGGCCACUCCUUAGAUGGCUGUUAGAGAUCCUUCCUGGGUCAUGGCUGUCUAAAAUGCAUCCAAGCAUUCAGUGUCUCCUCCCUCUGCAUGCAGACACUGAACCUUCCACAUAGAGAUUCAUUGAUUCAAUUCAUCUCUAUGAGGAGAUGCUGAUUGGCCAGGGCUGUGUUUAAAUCAUGCUAGCUCUGCCCCUGAUCUGCCUCCUUGUCAGUCUCAGCCAAUCCUAUGGGGAAGCAUUGUGAUUGGAUCAGGCUACCACUUCUGAUGAUGUCAGCAGACUGCAUGCUGUUUGCCUAAAAAAAAAACAAGCAGAGUUACAGCUUCUGGCUUGAAUACAGUAAGAGUUUUACUAUAGUUAUGGAGGCAUGAGGGACCCAGGGGGGAUAAAUGGAGGUUUUAACACUAUAUAUGGUCAGGAAUACAUGUUUGUGUUCCUGACCCUAUAGUGAUCCUUUAAUAUUUAGUAAUGGCUAAUAAAGUUAUAAUUAAACAUCUCUCGUACACAGGGAACCUUCCUGGUUUUUCGGCUCUGGACCUUGGGUGGCAUGAGUCUUAAAGGGCAAUAUUCUCCUUCUUAUGACAUACGUUUAAUUUGAGACCUGAGUGGGACUAAUAGAAGGGGAAGCUGUCAUUCUCAUUGUUCUCUUACACCAUGUUUUUGCUUAUUUUAAUUUAAAAAAAAUAUACAGGGUGCACUGAGAAUUACAUUUUUGUUUAUACCAAUCAUGUAAUACAUUGCAUCUGCAUAAACAGAAACAGUGAUUCCUUAAAGGACCACUAUAGGCACCCAGACCACUUCAGCUCAAUUAAGUGGUCUGGGUGCCAGGUCCAUCUAGCGUUAACCCUGCAGCUGUAAACAUAGCAGGUUCAGAGAAACUGCUAUGUUUACACUAGGGUUAAUCCAGCCUCUAGUGGCUGUCUCAUUGAAAUUUACAUGAACGAAUGCACUCUUUGGACUUCAAAAUAUACAAAAGAACAAUUUUGUUUUGAACGGACAUUUGCAACCGCGUACAAUUAAAGUUAUAUUCUCAUUAUUAUUUUUUUAUUUAUAUAGCGCCAGCAAAUUCCGUAAACCUUAAUGUCUUGAAUUUUUGGAGUAAGACUAAAACAUUGACUGUAUAUAGUUGCUUGUCACUAACAAACAAAGCAAAGUUAUUUACAUCCCAUUCUUACAAGACAUACGAACAUUAAACAGAGAUUGCUGGGAGGAGUAAAACUGUCUACAUUUUAAAGGAUGUCUUUGUAGCACACUCUCACUGACACACUGUACAAUCCCAUUAAACUCUUCCUUACCAGCAGCAGGCUUGGAGCCGCUCCAAGUGCACUUCCUAGCCCUAACUAGUGGGUAUUAUACAAUGUUGGGGACCGUCUGUAUCUGCUUCUUAACCCUAGCACUGCCCCUUAACUUCUCUCAUAAUUGUGUACAAAUGUUAUUUUUUUAGAAUCGAGGAAAAGAAUCACUGGCAGAAGCCAGCCCACAGUGGAGCGGUCUACCAGACCAGCUCUAAAUAUAUAUAUACAUUGUUCAUCGUAUUAAAAACAGAACAGAAACCUAUUUAAUAAAUCUCAGUCUUCCUAUGUAUUACUUUGUAUUAAGAUGAAGAACCACCUCCCCCACUACUAAUGAUCAUAAUUAGGGAUCAAACAGAUUAUCUGUUUUGCGGAUAUUCCGAUGUAAAUUUUUUUUUGUAUCAGCCGAUAAUAACUAGUAAUACUGAUAAUGAGGUGGGCCGGCGCGUCCAUAAUGGGGCACAAUGGCCGCCAGGGGGUGCUAGAUUGGGGUGACAGGCAGGAGGUGGGCAUACAGCGCUCCCUCCUGCCAUUCACUCUGUGCAGCGUGGCCGAACGGAGCAGUGCGCACCAUGGUACAGGAACUUAUGUUUCCUGUACCCGGCCAAACUGGCCAGGUACAGGAGAGUGAAUCUCCUGUACUGCGGGAGACAAGACAGGAGGAAGUUACACUUUGUGAGAGGGGAGGGAAGGAGAGGGGGAGGAAAGGACACUAUGGGACAGGGGAGGGAGCGGAAAUGAAAGAACACAGUGGCUGUGGGACAGGGGAGGGAGGGAGGGGAAAGGAAAGAACACUAUGGGACGGGAGGGGGGGAAUGAAAGAGUUCCUACCGCACAUAUUUACACACAAACACACACACACACACUCACACACUGCAUGUACUAAUCAAAUACUCUUACUGCAUCCACUACACACACACACACACACAUAUUCUUGAAAACUUAAAAAAAAAAAAAAAAAAUCUGACUGGCAUGUAUAUUUUGUGCAUUUUUUACCCCCCAAAUUUUUUUUUUCUCAAAACGCUAAAUCUACAGAAUAUCGUUAAGCUAUCGGCCUGAAAGUUCACAGAUUAUCGGCAUCGGCUCUAAAAAAAUAAAUAUAUAUAUAUAUAUAUAUAUAUAUAUAUAUAUAUAUAUAUAUAUAUAUAUAUAUAUUUUUUUUUUUUUUUUCCCUUCUUUCUUUUUAGGGUAUUGUAAUGGCAAGAAUGAUAGCGUGUUGUAAUUUGCAAACUAUAUGCAUCACUGACAUGUAACAAAAGCCAUUUCAUCUUAUUGUAUCACAGGCUUUAAUAGAGAAGGACUGGAUUGCAUUUGGUCACAAGUUUUCAGAGAGGUAAAAAAAAAAUCAACCAUUUAUAUUGCACUUUCAGUGUUUUGUCUCCCUCUUUGCUAAACAACCAGGAAGUAUCAGGAUAGAUUGUCUGAUUGACAGCCUGGAGGGAGUAUCAAUGUAAAUUCAUGAACAUACCAAUUUCUAUUAAAAUAUGCACUUUUUACAAGUAAAAUAAAAAAGAAGACACACUCUUCAUACAUAAAGCAUUUCAGCAGGCUCUGGCUGCUGCGUGUUGUACCAUUGGUAGACAAUGAUGAUGCAUUUAUGGAAACCUGUCAUCCUCUGUAUUUUCUCCAUACGUUACUGAUUUCAUAUAACACUAUAAGUGGCUGUUGUUUCAUACUUAAUGCUGUGAAUGUACAUCUGGCUCUCUAUGUGAAAAUAUAUCAUUAGUGUAGGCUGUUUUUUUCUUUUGCCACUUAGGACACGAUUAAAGCUAACGUAAAUGUGCAAUGUUUUAUGUAAAGUUUCAUGGUUCAUGUGAUCUUUCAUGAAAGCAUUAUAGUAUAACAGCUUUAGUAAUAAUAUAAUGCGAUUGGCCAGAAAGGCUAGCUGUGCAGUAAAAGAACAGAGGCCAGUAGCAACUAAACUUGCCAGAGUUUUAUUCUCUUUGGUGAUAGGCUAGUUUACAACUCAUACUCUGCACGUUGUCAUGGAGCAGUAUAUAUAUAUAUAGUGUAGACAUGGAAUGUUCAGAUGCAACAUCAAGUGUAAAUCAAUCACUGUAUGUAUUUCCAUUCUAGGUGUGGGCAGCUUGACAGUGACUUGAAGGAGGUCUCCCCAGUUUUCACCCAGUUUCUGGAAUGUGUCUGGCACCUCACUGAGCAGUUUCCAAGAGCCUUUGAGUUCAAUGAAACAUUCCUUCUUCAGAUUCAUGAGCACGUUCACUCCUGCCAGUUUGGCAACUUUCUAGGCAACUGCCAGAGGGAAAGAGAAGAGCUAAGGUAAUAAACCAAGCAACAUGGUAAUGUGAAUGUGUUGUAAACGCAAAGUUGGACCAUACUGAUUACUAUGAUACAUAUGGAGUUAACAGUCCAGUGGUUUUAUUGUUUCAGAUGAUUUUGGCAAGCAGAAACAACCCUUAGUACCUCUAGCGUGGAAAUCAGAACUUGUUUUACAGCUAUUUGAGUAUAAAAUAUCAGCAUAACAUUGUGCUAGCUUGAGGGGGACAACAGGCCCAUGUCCAAGUUGAAUGUGAAAAAUGGUAUAGGAUUAAAUCUCAGCUAUGAAUAGAGGCAAAAUAGAAUGAUAAUGCUAUCAACAGGUGUGUCCAUACAUAAUUAAAAGUAACUGCAAGAGAGAUUAGAAUAUGCUGUUUUUAGCAGUAUAAUGGAUUCUUGCAAUUCUGUGCUUGGUAUCAUGGAUUCUUGCAGGUUUGUGCUUGGCAUUUUCUGAUUUCCAUACAUAAUUCUUACUUGUGGUGUUUUGGAAGACCUUGGUUGAUUUGGUUUAAGAUUGCCUCUAAACCCCAUUAAAGAUCAGUGUUUUCAUCUGCGGAAUCCACACCCCGUUUUGCCCCUCAGUAUUCACAUCUCUCAUUCGGGAUCUUGCAUUUAUUUUCUCUAUUUUGGUUACCUUUUAUUAUUGCAGAUGAAAGUGUGGAUGUUGGACAGCAUUGUAUAGUUAAACUUUAUCGAUACAAUUUACCACAUUGGCUACACCUAUGUUUACAUUUGUAGUUUGGUUUUGGUGUUACAUUUGUUUACAUUUGUAGUUCAAUUUAGGUGUCAAUUAUGUAGUUGAGAAUUUUGAUAAUUUGCUUUAAUGAAUUGAUAAAUGAAAUUAGUUAUUCUUAUUGCUGAAAUUAAAAUUACCUUUUUUUCAUUAUGUUUUUGAUUUAUUUUAAUUUUGCCUUUCUUAGUAUACCUUCUGUCUCUUACGCAACAAUGUAUUAAGUGUUUAAAUAGAUUUCUACUGGUGGUACAGUGUGAGUACCACGUAUUCGUUGCACAAGUGGAUAGAAAUAUUUUAUUUUUAGAGGUGUUCCGUCUUGAGAAUCAUAUAGUGUACACUAUAUGGCAGUCGUGUCACAGACACGGUGUGUAUGUGCGUGUGUAAAAUGUGUUACACUAUUUGCAGCCUCAUUAAAAGUUGUUUUUCAGAGAUUUCACAAAUGAAAGGCAGGAUCAGGGAAUACAAUUGUUUAAUGCUUUUACAUUCAUUGGCGAUGCCUAUUAACAUUUUGCAGAGUAUCUUAAUAUAAGCUGCAUCAUAUUCACAGAUAAUUUCUCAUGAUCGUUGUUAAAGGGACAGACUCGAAAUGACCCCCAUUUUUUUUUUAUUCACCAUAUAACUAAUGUGUUGAUAAUAUGCCAAAAAAUUACUUGUGUUGGAAGCUCCUAAAGCUGCUACUUAUUAAAGGGUCAGUUACAGAGAGAUUCCUCCAAGAUCAAGAAAAGGUUUUCUGCUACAUAGUCUCUCAUUCUGGUGGCUUUUUUUUGUUUUGUUUUUUCCUUUUCUUAAACAAAAAUCGCAUGCAGCAGUUUAGGAGAUUUAUGUUUUUCAGUCUCUGACUGAAACUUUUCUGGAAGCAGAUAGUGGCCAUAAUGUGUCUAUUAUUUGUUUAUUCACAGCUCCAUUUACAUUUUUGUGAAAAUAAAGCUGCAGAUAUUUUUACUGCAAAUUACUGCAGUUAUAAGCCACUCCGUGCAGAAACCAAGUAGAAGGGGUGGGGGGGGGAUUUUGCUCCAUAACCUUUGAAAUGUGUAUAUGUCAUUAUAGUGCUUAGAUUGACCCUGUAAGCAGUGUAGCUGCUUCUCUAGCAGUUUCCUAAAAUCAUAACUUAAUGAUAGCAGAGCAUCUUUUAGACAUCUGCAAAAUUACUAUAUCAUUUCUUAAAGCUAAAAUGCAUUUUUGUAGCAGAUAUUGUAUUACAUAUUAUUUAAAAAGAAAUCUUAAAUUUUAAACUAAAUAAAAUAAAAAAUUUGAUAUCUCAGGGAUUUGGACUUCUAUAGCCUGACACCAUGGAUAUAUAAUUCCUGUUGCCAGACAAACACAUGUUGAGCUCUUCCAUGGGCAAAUAGCAGUGCUGCUUCAAAGGACAUGGGAGGAUUAGUGCAGUGGCAGGAUGGGAGAGUCUGCACCUCUGCCACUUACUCGCAGUUUGUCACUCGCUAUUGGGUCAGAGCCCUGCCACCUGGAUUCCCAGCCUGCACUCUGACUCAUUUAAUGCCGAACUGCAAGGGAGCAAUUACUGUACUCUGCACCUGCCAAAGAUGCAGACCUCACUCUCCAACACUGGACAGAGGCUUUUAAACCCAUGCAGACCACCAGAUGCCAUAGCCCCAGUCCCUGUAGAAAGCUAAGAGAGGAAGAGAAAUAACUGUGUCUGUGUCCAGAGCUCUUGGCCGGUGCCCCUGAAAUGUGUUUCAGAACAAGUAGAUUGCCAUGACGAACGAUUAGAUUAGACUUCUGCUUUAGUCCCAUGGAAAUUAGAAUUUUUUGGAAAAAAAAAAAUAAAAUUCCCCACUCUUUGACUACCAGUCUCUGGAGUUAAAUCCCAGGUGAGCAUGGAUGAUCCUGCAAGCCAACAUCAAAAUAGUCUCUCACCCAGACCUUUGUGAAUUAAGAGAAAAAAACAAACCGCUUCUGUAAUUCUUUUUUAUUAAAACAUUUGUACAAAUAUGUUUGUAUAGAUUAACGGAAAGGACACAUUCUUUGUGGGCAUACCUACUGGCAGAAGAAAGCAAGUAUCACAAUCCUAUUUUCGAUGAGGGCUCCUUGGAGACUCUUGAGUACUUGGAACCAAACACCAUACACUUCAAUUUCAAGUAGGUGUCUCUUCCCAGUUUCCUAGUUUGUGCAGUUGUGAUGGGAAUGCUUUCCUAUCCUCAUUGUCUCCUUUUUGAGCAGGCUUUGGAGAAACAUGUACCAUCAGUUUGACCUGGCUAUGCACCCACGGCAGUCUGUAUGUGGCUUGCUUCUAAAAAUGAUUGAUGAAAGCAAGGGUCUGGAAGAAGAACUCAAACAGCUAAAACUGGUGAGUAUUAAUGAUGUUGAUAUCACUUUUUCUUUCUCGAUAUGAGUGUAAGUGCUUGUAUGUUCUAAUUUAGGGGGAUAUUUAGUUUGUUUUCUAAAUAUAUUUGAGUAGCUACACAAACAGUGUGUUUAAAGAUUUGCAAACAUUCUUACCUCUUUGUUUGAUAUUAAUUGUUUGAUCACAUGUUAAUUACAGACUUCAAAAUCUGGAAGCAGCUUGUUCAUUGAGUGUUUUGUUCAAAAGUGUUUUGUUUUUUUAAUACAGGUAUUACUUUAAAAACUCAAAUUCUUAUCAAAAAAUGUAAAUUUUAGGUUUUGUGUGUUUGUUUUUUGUUGGGGUUUUUUUUUUUUUUUUAGCAGAAAGACGGACAGCCUGAAAUUCAUGGUCUGUGAUUAAUCUUAGUUUUUAAACUUUUGAAAGGGCAGCAGCCUGCCUCUGGUUUAGGUUCAGACCGGUAAAGUGUUACCAGCUUAUAUUUAAUAUGAGGAAAGUUAUGGCUUUCUCUCCACUGAAAAACUGCAUUUUCCGUUAUACUUCUCCCCAGUAAAAAUUCAUCAACGGCCUGCGGAAAUCUAGUUGUUGAUGAACUACAGUUAUCAUCACCCUUUAAAACAAGCACGGUUUACAUGUAUACUUGGAUAUAAAGAAAUGUAUAGACAAGCUAUUGUUAGAGUAUAAAUGGCAGCGAAAGCUAAAGAACCGAGAUCGUCACUGCUGUAGGCGCAAUGCUAUUUGGCUGUGUUUUUCACAGCUAUGUGUUUUGAUACAUUUCUUUUGACACAAGUAUCCCAAUGUGUCUCUCCACUUGAUGCUGCAGCAAGCCAUGUGGAGCUGUCACCAUAGAAACAAAUGGAAUGUCCCUGAUGUUCUGUCCACAUUUGAUACUUUGUGCCAGAAUAUGUCUCUAAUACAAUCCUAUACAUAACCAGGCUAUUUGUAGUAUACACUUACUGAUCUGUGGUAUUCAAAUGUUUUUGCGAACUAGAAUAAAGUGGUAGGCAUAAAUAUGGGUGUAGUGGAUAAUACUAGAUAAUUUUAUUCUGAGAUUUGGAAGGUGAGUUUGACACAUCUCAGUAGUAUGAGGCACAAGUGUCCAGUUUGCUGCGAUACUCCUUUUAUGGAAUUGUCACCUAUUGUGUUUAAGUGACAAGUCUACACUUGGGUUUAAUGGACUAUUUACUAGGAUUUUUUUUCUUACUUAUUACUCUUAUACUACGUUGUUGUUAUUAUUAUUAUUGCCAUUUAUGUAGCGUCAACAGAUUCCAUAGCGCUUUGCAAUAUUAUAUGUAUUACAUUUUAUAAAAGACUUUUAACAUUAUAUUUAUUGCUUUCACAGAAAAUCAGCAAUCUGAAGAAAGAAGAGUUUGCUAGCAUAGAUUCAAUCUGUCCCGAUAGUGAAGGGUCACCCAAGUUGAAAGUAUCUCCCUGUUACACGAAGGAGCCAGCUAUUCACCCACUUAAUGACACCAUUCGGACUGUAGAGGGCAGCAACACUGCAGACAACCGCUAUGCUGAAUAUGCAGAAGAGCUGUCGAAAACAGAGACUUCUGUUGUCAGCCUUGAGUUUGGGGUUGCUAAAAUGACAGUGACUUAACUAUUGCCUUGUCUGGAGGAGACUACAAUGUUUGUUAAACCAUCUAGUAGUAAUCCAGCUUUCAUCUAAUGGAAUUACAGCUCGUGAAACAAAUGCACAUUCAGGGAAAAUAGCAAAAUAGUCCUGAGCUCAGUUUAUAUGUGUGUUGUUGUACACCUGAAAGUCAAGGUAUAUGUGUUUUAUUUACAGAACAUAUAUCCUUCUUCCGUGUAUCUUACUCUUAUUGGAAGUUUCCUGGGCUUGUAAAUCUUCUAUAUAAACAAAUGUGAGAUGAUCAGAUGGUACUGUUGCUAGGGUAAAAUCUAAAGAAAGGUUAGUUUUAACAAACUAAAGAUUAGACAUAUAGGACUAAUGCUGCUUGUCUAGAGGAAUUUCAUCAGAUACCGGUCCAGUUCUCUGAAUGUAUACUAACCUUAUUAACACAUGCACAAUACAUGGUAUACGGCAAAUUUGUUGCAUGUUAGCAGUAAUGGUCAGUGGAGAGGUUUAUUUGUAGACUUGGAAACUAAUCCAAACAGUGAGUUGUGUUGAAUUGAUGAGACUUAACUUGGGCCAAAAUUGCUGAACUGAAACACAAAAAUAAUCCCACCGAUUAACUCACAGGUCCGAGAAUAACUCCCUAAUGUUUUGUUUUUUUUACAAGGAUAUCACUGUUCGGAGGCAUAACUAAACUGAUUAAUGCCAGUAUAAUACAUAUCUUUUUUUUAUUUACAGAUUUCAGAUUUACUCAGCCGCACUGAUUUAAAAUCCUUAGUAGUUUGUUUAUUUCUCAGUAGAGCUUAGAUAAUCCAAAAAACAAACAAACCUGUUUUGCAGUGGUUUCUAUCAGCAGACUAUAGAUAUUAGAGAGUUUAAUAAAUAACACAUAGUCUUCUUUGGCUACAGGACCCCUCCCAGAGCUGACAAUACAUUAAAGCAUCCUUGCCCCUGCAAGGCGAUGUUUGAGAUCCGACCUGCUAAAGGACUGUGUUCUAGUUGGGGAAGAUUACUGGAAACCCGAAUAGACUCUGUUUAGAAGCCUUGAUCUAAUUCAUGAUAAAGGGAAUUUGUUUUUGCACUAUAUACACUUGAAGCUUGUUUAACAUUAUUUAGUGAUGCUGAUGGUAAAUGAAAAUUGAUUCCUUUUUUUUAAACAAACAGAAUGUAUACAGAUGUUGGUUAUUUGUGCAUUUAGGCAAUUUAUCCUUACUCACUGGUGCAUGGAGUCAAUUCCGAUUGUGUUUGUCUUUGUGCUGUUUACUUACAAAACUGGAUGUAGUUAUUAACCUGUAAUGAUCUUUUUGUUUUUUGGUUUUUUUUUAACCCCAGCUUAGCAAAUCAUUAAAAAUAGUAUAACGUGAUUAGAUUUCCAUAAAUUCACGUAGCAGCUAAGCCACACCUCUUUGUUUACAUCUGUUUACAGUAUGUUUAUAAAUUACAUUUUCAGCUCUUUUCAAUUUUCAUGGAAUUGCAGCUUUUAAAAUGUACACAUGCUUGCAGUUUGCAAUUAAAUGUACACUGCAGGCUCCUGAAAGGCAACCAUGUCGUUUAACAUGUGAAAAAUAUACCUGAUCUACGUAUUGUUUUUUAUAUGAUGCCAAAUCCAUGGUGGUUGCCAACCUUUACAGUGUAGCUCCCGUGCUUACAUGUAAUGUUCUUGUAGUAGGAAGUGGUGGGAUCUGGCUGGAAAGUUACUCGUAUAUGCUUUCUUAAAUGUUUGCACACUGUUCUCCUCAAUGUUAGAGAGGAAAUUGGCUUCCAUUUGUUUUUACAAACAGCUAGCUACCAUUCAUUUUUUUUUUUUUAGACAAGCGAAUAAGCUGUGCCACCAUAUUCAGCUCCUUCCCAGUGGAAGAGAAUGCCACAGCAGUGUUUGAACACUUGCAAAAAUUAACUCCUUAGUUGAAUGUUAGAACCAAGAAAUAUGAGCGAUCAAUGCAUUGUAAACAUUUUGGAGUU